CGGGCUCAACCCACUCGAAGAAACAAGCCGACCUACGAAGCGACGAAUCGAAUUCUCCCUGUAGAGAAGCAAAGAGGAAGCAGGAUUUGAAGCACUGUAUUGCUGCAAGAUCUUAUUUGUGUUACUGCCGGCGAAUUGGGACACUCUUGCUUUAAGGAAUCGCGACAAUCGAACAUCAAGGAGUUAUUCGGACGACGACGAAUAAGUCUUGCCUCGUCUCGCUUCGCCUCACCAUCUGAAAAAUCAAAUUCCGCUAAAAUACCAAAAAACACCGAGAACGAAAAAAAAAACACAAUGUCCUUCUUCCGCAUCACCCUCCACCGAUCCGCCAUCGGCCUUCCCGAGCGCACUCGCGGCGUGCUCCAGGCCCUCGGCCUGCGCCGACGCAUGCAGACCGUCUUCCACCCCGCGGAGCCCCAGUUUGCGGGUAUGAUUAUGAAGGUCAAGGAGCUGGUACGCGUGCAAGAGGUGGAGAGGAGGUUGACCAAGGGCGAGGUCAAGGCGGAGAGGACGCCGGAGAAGGGAUUCUAUAUUGAGAAGGCGGUGCGACGGAUGUGAAAAGGGGUUUUUUUUUCUUGGUGUUUUUCUUUUGGUCAUGAGCGUUUUUGAGUGGUAUGAUCUGAGGGUGCUUCGUUGGGGGUGGAGCAAUGUGUAUAUAUGUAUGUAGAUGGCUUGGGUGAUAUAUGUCAAAAAGAACUGUACGAUAUUGUAACGGCAACAAUGUACGAAAAGAUGGAGAAGAUUAACUUGAAAAUGGUGGCAUGAGAAUGGGACGUGCAGUCACGCAGCGGCUAGGGAUAUAGACAAAAAAACAAAACGAUUUGCAUUACUUU